UUUCAGAUAAAAAUGGACGACGACUUUUUGCCAAGAAGGUUAAAGUACUCGAAACAUUCUCUGAUGCUUGUAGCUCUUGAUUAUAUUCCGAAAGAGUUACACAAGUGCCUGGACAUGGACAGACUCGAGGAUGUAAGUGCUGGUGGUGCUUAUACUACAAAGCAGAUGCUUGAGGAAAUCUUAAAUUCUGAUAGUCGAUUUAGAAUCUAUGGAAACGCUGAAGUUUUUGAGAAACUGUUGGAAAAAUACAUGAACUUCACAUCCUGCCGCGAAAAGUUCGGAUUCGAAAAGCUCCAAGUCUUGUGUGUUCCAAUUCCAAUGUCACCCAAUUUAAAGGGAGAAAAGUAUCUCACCAAGCAGGAUAUGUUCGAACAUGUUCAAUUCUAUUUAAUGGAUGUUUUUCAUCAUACGGGUUUUCCAUUUGAUAACGUUGUGAUUUCAUUGGCAUUCAUCAAAUUUAGAGCAGAUCGUCUAAAUGGUUGCAUGGAGUUUGUAAGCAAUGCCCGAGAGGUUUUGAAUUCCAUUGAAAGUGAAAUCGAUCAGUUUCUUGACGAGCUACUGGAUAUCUUGAAUGCCGAAUAUUUCCCAAAAAACUAUGCUUUACCAUCAAAAAAUCCAAGCUUUGAUACACUCUACAAGCAAUGGAAAUCAUUCUUUCCGGAUUGGAAACCAGACGAGCUUGAUUCCAUUCAACGUUUUCUCGAAGACCGUUAUAGUCAUCUUCCUCCACAUAAAAAUGCUGAAAAGUAUGGUGGAAUACUAUUCGUCAAUCAUUACCUCACAAAUAAGUAUCGUGAACUUAUUGACAGUCGCCCGGAAGUUUUUCUCCCUUAUAAUGCAAUGAAUCGUCACAAAGCUCCUAUUACUGUUAGAGUAAUUUUAUUCAAGGAUACAAAGCUUGUGCUUCGAGGGGAACUUUACAAAGCAAUGAACCAGGCCUAUCCCGACCGAGUUCCUAUUGAUUAUACGGAUGACUUGGAAGAAGGAAUUAUUUAUGCUAUGAACUUUGAAGACGUGUUUAAAGAGUUUGGUGACCUCUGGUAUGAUAUUGAGUUCAUUCUCACUAAAGUCACCAGAACAAAUAACGCCACUCCAAUUUUGACACUGUCCGGAGAAUUUUGCAUUCCAGGAUUACAAGCGUUCUAUAACAUCUUCCACGUAAUGAAUAACGUCUUAAGACUUUUCCAAAAGGUUAAAAAAGAAAUGUGGCAUUUUGUUUGUGGAUACGUGAAGAUACUUGAAGUACGUCUAAAGCCAUUUGAGGAUACUCCUUGUUUCAUCACAAACACUGCGCUUGAAACGAUCAUACAAGAACUAUGUGAAUACUGGAGAAUGUUUGAAAAUGCUCCAUUCAAAGAUAUCAGAACUGUCAAAGGAGCUACAUUUACUGCGGAUGAUCUGAAAAAUGAAUUGAGUCAUAUUGGAGUGCUUGACAUUUUUCCUGAAUUGGGGGAACUUGUGGAUACAGGAUAUCAGGCAAUUUUAGAGGUCAAGCAGAAUGCAGAUAACCUAAAGACAUGGGAUUUGAUGGAUUAUUUGGAAUCAACCCUGAUAUUUUGUUUUUCAAGUCGAUUCGAAUUUCUCAAUAACUUGUUGGAGAUACAGGAAGGAAUUCAUCCAAAGAACGAGAAUCUAGCGAACAUUUUUCUAGGAAUCACAUCAAAACCGGAAAACUUGCUUCCGUAUCUUAUAGAUAAAAGUCGUUAUCAAGAUGUACUACCGACAGUACCAUUAGAACGACAUCGAGUUCGUGUAACUUAUAAUUUUUCGAUUGAUGACGAGACUAUUUCUGAGCCAACUCCUGUUCCUCAACAAUUGGAAAAGAAAACAGAAAAUUGUUCCGAAUGCAAUGACGUCAGAAUGGAAAUGAAUACAGUGAAAGAUGUAUUGCAAAAUGUUCAGAAGCAAUUGAAAAACAUGCAACAAAAUUCUGAACAAUUUGAGACAAAGUUGGUAGCUUCUGAUAAUAAGACCAAAAACUUUGAAAAACAGUUGGAAGAUGAACGAAGAAAGAAUAACAAACAUCUGGAAUCUUCAAGAAAAACUUUGAUUUCAAAAAAUGAACAACUUGAGGCAUUGAAAAGACGUGCAACUGCAUUAUCAAACUGUCAAGCUGAGAAUCAGACUUUAAAGUUCAAAAUCGCCGAACAUCAUCUUCUUGAGAAACAGUUAAACAUUUCCAACAAAGAUGUGACACAGGCACGGGACCAGCUUUCAGGCCAGAUAUCUGAACUUGAAAUUCAAUUGAAAAGUGAAUUGAAAACUGUUCAGCACCUCAAGAAAGAGCAGACAAUAUCUUGUAAUUUAACAAAUGAAAUCACCAAGUUAAAGGAUCAAAUUGAAAGAGAAAAAUUGUGUUCGAAGCAAUUGGAAAAAGAAAUUUCUCAGUUGAGAACAGAAGCAGAUGAGAUGAAUAUUGUUAUGACACAGAGUUUGGAGAUGGAGAAUUUACAACUUCGAGAUGCCACAAAAAAAUUUGAAACAGAGAAUGCCAGUCUCCUCAAAACAAAUCAACAGUUAUCUAUUCAAAAUGAAGAACAAAAACGAUUAAUACAAGUGCUUCUUGAGAAACAGCAAACUGCUCCAUCGUCAUCUGAUUUUCCGGUGCCAUCAACUCAGAUGACAGACAAUGAAGAAAAUUCUAGACAGCAACUCUGGAAGUACCAAAAAAUCAAGGACUCAUUCAGAGAUGGCAUAAAAUUGAGAAAGGCUGAAGCAAUGGUUAAGAAGCUAACUUCUCUGAAUAGAGAUCCAGGAGUUCAUCAAAUGGCACAUCGUGAGCUGGAAAACUUCAAGAAACUGACAAGUCAUUAUUUGCAAGCAAUUGAAAUGAAUAUCCUCAAAAUUAAAAAUAAUGGAUCAUCAGAUCUAGAACAGCUUCCAGAAGCCCCUAAAUUCUCGGACGAGUUCAUGAGAUUCUACAGAAAUGCGACGGGAAAACAAACUUUGACGUCUGCCAGUUUUUCAUCUGGAAACUCACGUGGCACACAAAGUUAUGGUUCUUCGAUUUCUACAAUGCCAUCAACUUCAUCUCGCGGAAAUGUUCAACACCACUCUGGAUCUGCUGUUAGAGGACAAUCAAUUACUCCCACUGGAUUAUCUCAAGUUCCAAUGAGUCCGAGAAAACUGUUUAGUCAGCCAAAUAUAGUUACGGCUUCUAUCACAUCGACUGAGUUGGAUGAUACAGAAUGUGCAAUCUGUUUGGAUGAGAUGACCAACUUUAAGGAAACUAUCAAAUGUCAAUGUAGACGUCGUUUCCAUUUGGAAUGUGCAACCAAAUGGCUCAAUGAGAAGAGAGAAUGCCCAACAUGCCGCAAGUUGCUUCUCAACCCUUCCGACUAUCCACCAUUGAAUUAAUUGUUUUAUUUUCUGUUCUGUUUUAUAUUUCUGUAACGCGUGUUUUUGAUUGUGAGUAAAGUGAACAAAGCAU